CAUGAGUGGCGUUUUGGACCAGGAUGCUUGGUGCCUGGGAACCAGAGCCCGUUUGUUGAAUUACUGUCCCAGCCCCUCAAGUCUCGGGGAAGGUUCUGCGGGGUGCCUCCCAGGGCCAAGCCCAGGUGAAGGCAGCACUGGAAACCAUUUUCCAAGAACUUUUGCCACAGGUGUAAAAGACUCCAGCCUGCAAAGAUGCUGAAACAGAUACUGUCGGAGAUGUACAUAGAUCCUGAUCUGCUGGCAGAGCUCAGCGAAGAACAGAAACAGAUCCUGUUCUUCAAGAUGAGGGAGGAGCAGGUCCGCCGAUGGAAAGAAAGAGAAGCAGCAAUGGAAAAACAGGAGUCCUUGCCAGUGAAACCCAGACCAAAGAAAGACAACGGCAAAUCGGUUCAUUGGAAGCUGGGAGCCGACGAGGAAGUCUGGGUGUGGGUGAUGGGUGAGCACCACCUCGAUAAACCCUACGACGCGCUCUGUGAUGAGACCCUCGCCCAGGGGGCACGGCUGAAGCCGGAGCAGGAGGUGUGGGAGCUCAGAAAAACUCAGUCCAGAGAAUUCACCAGCAGCUUGAAACCAAAGUCACACUCCUCCGAUGUGCGGGCACCAGGUGACCGGGAGCCUCGGAGCGUAUGUGAGAAGGCGGCAGAAGAGGGGGGACACGGGCGUGGCCAUGGGCCAGCUUCACCCCUCGAAGAGGAGAAAACGCCCUUGCCCUCCAGUUCCUCAAGAAAUGUUCACCAAAUGUUGGCAGAUUCUAUCAGUCGUAUGAAGGAAUAUGGAUUUCACCAGAAGAAAGAAUCUGUGAAGAAAACACAAGAUGAAGAAGUAAAACAAAUAGAUGAAGAGAGAACCAAGCAGAUUUAUAAGAGCUGGAAAGAAGAUUCGGAGUGGCAGGCCUCUUUGCGGAAAUCCAAGGCAGCUGAUGAGAGGAGGCGCUCCCUGGCCAAACAAGCGCGGGAGGACUACAAGAGGCUGUCCCAGAGGGGGAGAGGCGGCGAGGGGCCACAGAGCCCCCCUGGUGGCCCCCAGAAACCCCGGAGGCCCCCCCUUCCACCCAAGCCUCAGUUCCUGAGCCCUGCGGGACACCCCUGCAGACCUCUCAGAAACCAGGCAGCGGCGAGGCCGGCGUCCCGCUCGGCCCAGGGGGACAUCGUGCGCUGGUUCCGGGAGGAGCAGCUCCCGCUGCGGGCCGGCUACCUGGGCGCCUCGGACAGCGUCGCCCCGUGGUUCCACGGAAUUCUCACACUACAGAGAGCGAAUGAGCUUCUGAGCACGUGCGUGCCAGGCAGCUUUCUGAUCCGGGUCAGCGAGAGGAUCAAGGGCUACGUCCUGUCCUACCUUUCCAAGGACGGCUGCAAACACUUCCUCAUAGACGCCUCCACGGACUCGUACAGCUUCCUGGGUGCAGACCAGCUACAGCAUGCCAGCCUGGCUGAGCUGGUGGAGUACCACAAGGAAGAGCCCAUCACCUCCCUGGGGAAGGAGCUCCUUCUGUACCCCUGCAGUCAGCAGGAACAGCCGCCCGACUACCAGGAGCUGUUUGAGUGACAGCCUCAUCGUGUCAUCCUGCAGCCGCCAGCUGGGCCGUCCUCUGGACAGACAGACACCAAGAGACAGACACUUGUGUAUGAAGCCACAUCACCCUGCAGCGAGCCGAUCCCGAUCAAGUGAAAGGACCCUUGGGGGUCCCAUGGCGACCUCUCUUCUGCACAAAUGCUGGAGUUUAAUUAACGCUAAGAGGGAAUCACCUCUGCAUUGUACGCACCCCAGCAGUAAAGGGAGAAGAACCCCCAUUUCUGCAGCUCCCGACAUGAAGGCUACAACCCGAGUGAUGUAUGGAAUAAACGAAGAAGAAAUUGGAACCUUUUGGGAGUUAAGGGGCACCCCAAAACCAGAAGUCCUGCAUGGCCUCGGCACUCCCUCUCUGCCUCAUCUCGGAAGGUCUCGGGGUCCUGCUCCUAGGAAGUUCCUCGGCGGCGUCAGGGGCUGGCCAAAGAGCCUGCGCUGGUGGCUGAGCCCACGGCCCCGCACACCUCACUCGCGGUGCGUGUGUGGGCCAGGGUGUGAGACACACAGGGAACACAAGUUGCGGCUGUUGUGAACUGAGUGAGGAGUUUGAAGGUGUAGGACGAGAGCCUUCACAUGUACAGAAAUACGGCAGGGGGUGAGGGGCGCUGUGUGAGGGGUUCCCUGGCUCUGGGGAGCCGGACAGGGCUCCACCCAGGACCUCGCCGAGGAGGGUGAAGCCACAUGCGUGCCUUGGAUAGACAAGGGCGGAAGAGUGAGCUUUUUGGACACCAGGUGUUGUGGGUCGAGUCCCCCAGAGGCAUUGAAGUCCUAAACCCUGCACCUGUGAACGUGGCCUUAUUUGGAAACAGGGUCUUUGCGGAUGUGAUCAAAUUAAGACGAGGUCAGACCAGAUUAGGGCAGGCCCCAAAGCCAACGACUGGUGUUCUUAUAAGGAGAGAGGGGUUGGGAAGUUGAGGUGCGCACGCAGAGGGAAUUGCAGCCAGGGGACAACAGAGGCAGGGCCCCGAGUGCCAAGCCGCAAGCCAGGGGACGCCGGGGGCCGGGGGCGCAGCGUGGAGCAGACUUCCCAGAGCCCUGGAGGGGAGCAUGGCCCUGCGGACACCUCGAUUCCAGACUCCUUGCUUCCAGAACUAUGACAGAAUAAAUGUCUUUUGUCUUAAGCCACCGAGUUUAUGGUAAUUUGUUACGGCAGCCCUAGGAAACUAAUACAGAAGUUUAUGUAAUUGCAGACCCUGAUGUGCAUUGCGUACCUUUGGUGACUGUACAGCCUGCCCGCCUCCUGAGGAAAGGAAGGCGGGAGAUAACUCCCCCCGGCUCUUUGGCUCUGGACGCAGAUUUACUCAGUCAGGCGUCUCAUGCAGUAGCUCCCGGGCCAGCCCAGCAGGGCGACGGCCUCUGGGCGGCCACCAGGAUCAUGCAGGAGGAUGGGGUUUGCUGGUACUCCAGGCUUGACUCCUGUGGCGGCAUUCAUUUAAAGGACGCAUAGGGUUGUAGCAGUCUGUUUGUGAAGUUGUUUGCUGUGCAAGACACACCUGGAGAGUGUAAAAUGUAGCCAGAGAAGAGGGUGGGGUGCACGUAUAUGUGUGAGUGUGCAUGGGUGUAUGUGUGCUUUAAUGAGAAAGUUUUAAAACUGAUCAUUGUUAGGUGUUUCUUGAAAUGUUCUGCGUGGUUUCUGUUGUCUGAGAGACAAUGGUCAGUUGUCUAAGAGAACCUGUCUCUUAGCUUUCAUUUGUAGCAGUAGUUCAGCAGUCAUGACAUUAUAAAAUUGCAGACAUACACAGGGCUGGAAGUCAGAAACUUCUGUUACCGGGCUUCCCUGGUGGCGCAGUGGUAAAGAUUCCACCUGCCAAUGCAGGGGACACGGGUUUGAGCCCUGGUCCGGGAAGA